CAGGGCAGGUGCGGCGUAUCUCCACUGGGGGCGCCAGUGUGCCGCUAUACGGGCGGGGAGGGAGCGCUGCGAGUCACACGCUGCCUCAGUAAGUUGCUGCUUGUCAGCGGCGGAGGAAGAAGAAGCCAUGGACAGCGAUGAGGAGAACGUGGAGGAGACGGUGGAAGGACAAUUGGAUGAUGAUGGUCUGCCUCAUGGCUUCUGCAUUGUCGGUUACAGCUCCACAGAUCGCUUUGAAGGGCACUUUGUACAUGGUGAAAAAAACGGACGUGGCAAAUUCUUCUUCUUUGAUGGAAGUACUUUGGAAGGUUUUUAUGUUGACGAUGCCUUGCAAGGACAAGGAGUGUAUACAUAUGAGGAUGGAGGUGUCCUACAUGGCACAUAUGUGGAUGGGGAGCUGAAUGGACCAGCACAGGAGUUUGACACAGAUGGAAAGUUGAUAUUCAAAGGUCAAUAUAAAGACAACAUUCGACAUGGCAUCUGCUGGACUUACUACCCAGAUGGAGGCAGUCUCGUUGGAGAGGUGAAUGAAGAUGGGGAAAUGACUGGAAAUAAGAUUGCCUAUGUCUAUCCUGAUGGAAGUACAGCCCUGUAUGGGAAAUUCAUUGAUGGAGAAAUGCUAGAAGGAAAGCUGGCUUUUGUCACAUCUGUUGAAGAAGGGUGGCCACAUUUUGAAAUUGUCCACGAAGGUAAAGUUUAUUCUUUUGAUAAAUCAACUUCAUCCUGUAUUUCCACAAGUCCGUUGCUUCCUGACCUCUAUGAAUAUGAAAGAGUGUAUGUAGCAGACUCGCUUAUUUCCAAUGCUGGAGAAGGUCUCUAUGCUAAAGUAGCUGCUGGUCCCAAUACCGUGAUGUCCUUUUACAAUGGAGUUCGGAUUACACAUCAGGAGGUGGAUAGCAGAGAUUGGUCUUUGAAUGGCAAUACCAUUUCUUUAGAUGAAGAAACUGUAAUUGAUGUACCAGAGCCCUACAGAACAAUUACUAAAUAUUGUGCCUCUCUAGGGCACAAAGCCAACCACGCCUUCACCCCCAACUGUAUGUAUGACCUGUUUGUCCACCCAAGAUUUGGACCUAUUAAGUGUAUCCGAACCAUUUUGGCUGUAGAAAAGGAUGAGGAACUUACUGUGGCCUAUGGCUAUGACCACACCGCUACAGGGAAAAAUAGUCCUGAGGCACCAGAAUGGUACCAGCAGCAGUUGAAGGCAUUUCAGCUGUCUGAGCAGAUGUGAUCAGCAGCACUAUUUCACCUUUUUUUCUGUGCUUUGGGUAACUGGAUCUAUGCAUAAUGUUUCUACUGAAGAUUUCUGAAUACUCAGAGACUGCUCAAGCGCAGACCUAACUCCAUCUUGUAUCAUUUUUCUUGCUGGUAAUUUGCCUUGUAGUUAUUAAACCUUGGCAUUGUGGCUAUGUUGUAUAACACAGGAAACUUCUAUUUAACAAGUAGGGAAAUGGAUAGUGAUCAGGUAGGAGUCUUUAUUUAUUAUUUUUUAUGUCCCUUUUACAAGCACCAAAUAAAUCUAUGGAGAGAAGCCAA